AUGCCGCGGUCGAAGCCCUUCAGCGGGAAAGCGAGGAAGGAGCAGAUGAAGAAUAAGAAAGCAUCGAAACAGCAACAAAAUUCAGACUCAUUCGAUUAUCUCAGCCACAAUAUCCGGAGGAAUCAGACCAACCAGGGAAGGAGAUCGAUGCCGACUGUGCCCGGGAUGAACAAGCUCACCACAGUGUUCGAGCGGGAGCCGGACGAUGAAGUUAUGAAGAGGAAGAUUGAUUCCACCAGGCGCAUCGACAGAUCCCCGACGAAGGUGGAGGAAGCAGAAGAAGCUUGGGGUCGCAUCCAUCCUCUCCCGCUGCCGUACCCGAUCCCGGUGGAAGGACAAGACUUCCCGAUCAUUGGCAUCCCUGUGCGACCUCCUUGGGACAAGUUCAUGAGUCACGAUCAGCUGGACAAGCAAGAGGAGAGUUCGUUCGUAGAGUGGAUGAAGUCUAUCUAUGAGAAGUACUCUCGGGCAGACCUCAACUUCUUCGAGCACAACUUGGAGGUGUGGAGGCAGAUAUGGCGAUCCGUUGAGAAGGCAGACAUAGCAAUCCUGCUGCUGGACGCGCGCAUCCCACUGUUCCACCUGAGCGAGGGAUACCUCCACUACAUCCGCCAUGUGGAGAAGAAGGAUGUUGUGAUCUGCAUCAACAAGUGUGAUCUUAUUCAUCCUUACGUCGUGCAAUCUUGGUUGGUCUUCCUUGAGCGCAAGUUCCCCGACAUUCCCAUUGUUCCCUUCUACGUGCCCAAGUCGACAUCCGGCAAGGUUGCGCAGCCAUGGUGA